AUGAGCGUUGAAGAAGCGUGCGAGAAGACCCAGAGCGUCAUCUCGCCGCACCCGAACACCUAUACCUACACCAAGGCUCUGGCGGAGGGCCUGCUGCUAUACGAGAAGGGAGACGUACCCGUUUGCAUCGUUCGUCCGUCGAUCGUCGGAUGCGCUUAUGUUUCUCCCUAUCCAGGAUGGACCGACACGUUGAUCGGAGCAAAUGGCCUGUUUUACAUGACGGCGCUGGGUGUCUUGCACGUCAUGCACGGGUCGCGCAAGCACGUCGCCGAUUUCAUUCCAGUCGACUUAGCCGCCACGCUGAUAAUUGUUGCCGCUUGGUACAUAGCAAGGCGCGCUUUUGACCCUUCGAAUAGCUACAAAUUCAAAGACAACUUUCCAAUUUUCCACUCGACCACCUCGAGUCAAAACCCGACCACCUGGUUCACAGCGAAGAACAUUCUUUUGAACUACUUCAAGCGCCACCCGAUACCCGUCCUGUACGGCUGGCGCCCCUGGAUGUUUUUUGUCCCUCAAAAGCCGCUUUUCAUCGCGCUGAACAUCCUCUUUCACUAUUCUCCAGCUCUGAUCUACGACCUGAAGCUCGUCGUGUCGGGAAAGCAGCCCGUCCUGUUCGACCAGAUGCUUCGGCUGAACAAAAUAAUCAAGAGCCUGGGGUAUUUCUCGUCCAACGAGUGGUUCUUCUCCGCGGAAAACGUCCAAGAAGUGAUCAGGUGCAUGAGCAAAAAAGACCUAGAACUGUUUCCAAUAGAUCCCAAAAACCUGGACUGGGAAAUGUACCUGCUCCACUACGCAAGAGGGGGUCUGGACAACUACCUUUUGCUCACGUCCGCCAGAAAGCUGGACAGCGAGUGUGCGCUCAAGGUGCGGAAGUUGCUGAUUCCCGUCUGGCAGAAGGUUAAUCAGCGGCCCUUCAACCGGCGACAGCUGGUGUUCGAGAGGCGCCUGAGGGCGAGGGUCUCCAAGGGCUACAUUGGUCGGGAGGAGGCGGAGGCGCGGAUCGAAAAAAGCCGGAGGGUGGCCGAGAGUCGAAGAUGGUGGAAAGACAUAAAGAAUAAAAAUGAGUCGGCGAGUUCGGACGUCCUGCUCGAAGAGAGGGUUCGUCGCGCGGUCGGCCAGUCGCAGGACGCCGUGGAGAAUAAAACCACGACUGAAUAA